GUGUUUGCGUACGCGAGACGGUGUUUUUGUUGUGCUGAUCAGCUGAAUGUAGGAUUGCAGUUCCAGCUUGACAAGGAAGAGAGGGAAAGCCCUCGACCAUCCCCACCUGGCUCCUAGCAGCGCAGCAAGGAUCUGUACAACGAGCAAACGACACUACCACAUUCCGGAGGAGAUGCGGAGUUCUUCCCCUCUGUUGCAGCAUGGAAUAAAUGGCUGCAGCACGCACGGCGCUGUCAGGAAAGGGGAAAAUCGCAAGGACGGGGGGUGGAGGAUUGCCUUGGAGGGCUCCUCUAACUGACACCCUGCACAGCUGAUGCUCAUUGGCUGGGGUUGCACUGCCAAGAGCUGAUAGAUUGCAGAAGGGACCAGUCAGAGCUCUGCCAUCAAAAAGGGAAGAACAAGAAACAAAAGAGAGACGGAUGCACGAAAUCCCCGGGCAAGAACGGCCGGUGUCCGGGGCCGGGGAGCGUGGCGUCCCAGCUGACUGUGCUGAUCCUGCACCCCCCCACAAAGAGCACAUUGAGAUUCCCAGGCUGAUUUCCGACCCCGAAGGGACUACCUGCUGCCAGGUGCGGGACGCGUUCCCCUAGCCCUUCCCUUCUCUCCACCAGGAUGCCCUGGCUGAACCAGUGAGGUGACAAUCAGCAGCGGAAAGCUGAGAGGGGUCUCAGAAGAAAGUUGUUGUGUGCAUCUGGACCGUUGUCUGACCGUGGACCAACUCUAAGAGCAGUCCAAAGGAGGUGCUAAUAAGCUGGGUAUCUGCAGUAAACCAUGGGAAGAUCAAGAUGCAAAGUGAUCAUGUGUUCGGCGCUGGGUGAUGGAUUGCUACAUUCUGCUUGGAUAUUACUCUUAGCCCCGCUUUGAUGGUGUCCGUUUAUACUGUUGCAUUGAGGCCUUUGCCAUACAUGGAUAUGAUUUAAAAAGAAACUCAUGAAAUUUUAAUAAUUAUAAAGUGAAACAAAGGAAAGAAGAAGAAACCUUUUUCACUAGACAAAAGGAGCUCUUCAGACACCCUCUGGCUGUUUUUUUUGCAGAGCCUUCUCCAUGCCAUUAUGUACUGGGAGAGCUCUGCAGCUUUGUGGCUAAAUCAAUGAGGCGGUGUGGUCUGACUAAGACAGAAGCAUUCCCAGUGUUUAUUUAAGGCCUCCUCCCCACUCUAUGGAGGCCGAGCACAGCCAGCCGACCGGUGGGGAGCGGUCUGCAGGGCAAGAGCAUCCCCUGUCUGAGCAUCCCCCGGAGGACCAUCUGUCGCAGCUUCAGCAGCUGCAACAGGCUCCCUCCCGACCUCCCCAUGGCUCUCAUGGUCGACACCAUCACCGGCAGCCUAAGCGUAGUGACCUAGAGCGGCAGCUCCUCCGGCUGCAGCAUCAGUCUUCUACCUCUGCAGCAGUACCGACAUGGCAGCUUGCAGGUGCCCCAGGUCCCUCUGGAGGGAACUUUCCCACAGCCUCUCAGUCAUCUUCUUCCACUCAAGGCUUGCAUGCCCAGGUAAUACCAUCACAAUGCAGCCAAGAAGUCCAGGAGGGUGCCCCGCCCAGGCGGGAACGUAAGCCCCAGAAGCCGGGAAAGUAUGUAUGCACUUACUGCGGCCGUCCAUGUGCCAAGCCUAGUGUUCUCCAGAAGCACAUUCGCUCCCACACUGGAGAGCGCCCCUACCCCUGUGUCCCAUGCGGAUUCUCCUUCAAGACCAAGAGCAACCUGUAUAAACAUCGCAAGUCCCAUGCCCACCGGAUCAAAGCAGGGUUGGCUACCAGCAGGGAGGACUAUAGCUUAGGUGGACCCGAGGGGGGUGCUCUGGGGGAGGAUCCAGAAGAACCAACAGAGGGAGAAAGCACAGACUCAGAAGAUGAAACAGGGCAACAUGCCCCAGUGUCCUCCCAGGAGAAACUGACCUCACAGAAGAGUGGAAGCACAGAGACACCAAACUUAGAGGAGCCACAACGAGCUGAGGACUCCCAGGCAGUUAAACAGAGACUAGCCAUGAGGUUAAGUGAGAGGAAACGUGUGCCAGUAGCUUCUUCAGAUGAUCCACCUUCCUCCCUGGGCCCUGGAAGUAAGGGUAGUACAGAGUCAGGUUAUUGCUCCCUUUCUGGGAGCACUGAGCUGUCCCAGGUGAGCCCUCCAAAUACCAAUGCCAAAACCUAUGCUGAAAUAAUUCUGGGCAAGUAUGGACGGCUGGGGCAACAGCAAAGGGGCCCUCAUCACCAACACCUUCAGUCCUCUUCCACUUCUUCCUUAGGGCAAGAGGAAAAGACUAUCCCUUUUACGGUGCCUAAGACACAGGUCAUAGAGCACAUUACCAAACUUAUUACCAUUAACGAAGCUGUAGUAGACACCAGUGAAAUCGACAGUGUCAAGCCCAGAAGGUCUUCCCUCUCCAGGAAAAGCAGCAUAGAUCCCAAGUCAGAAGCACUUGGACCCAGUAGCAGCAGUGCUGUUCCUAUGAGUCUUAGUGGCUUUUCAAGUGAAUCCCUCCGCCCCAAGUUCCCCAAUGUUGAUUUGAUGGCUGGUCAGGCUUCUACAGUGCCUCUCCUAAGAAGCCACUCAAUGCCUUCCUCAGCAGGCCAGGCCGAUUCUGCCACCACUUCUCGCAGUUUCCGUCUCAGUCAUUCGUUUGACGAAAGGCAAGCUGUGGUAGCAGAGAUGCGUGUAGGCCACCAUCACCGCAUGCUGAAGCGCCAGCCUGCAAUUGAGGUACCGCUUGGAGCAGAGUUCAUCCCUGAGGAGAAUUCUCCCUCAGUUUCAUCCUCUGUCACCCCUCUGACAUCUGACCCGAGCCGAAAGCAGCGCCGUGGACCCAGACUUUACGAGUGUGAAGCUUGCGGUACCCGGUGUAAGAAAAGAGAGAGCUAUGAGUCACACCGUCGCAGUUUCUGCACGGCACGCCAGCCUGAGGAACCGAAGAAGGGACCGGAGAGCAGCACUUAUCGAGAGGACAGACCUCAAAUGAUGCAUUAUAAAUUCAGGGCUAUGGCAAUGGCUGUGCGCAAAAGGAGGAAAGAGGAGAGUCUGGAGGAGGAUCCUCCCAGCCCAGGACCAGCAGCUGUUUCAUUUCCACUUAGUGCCCCUACCCCUGUACCGGGACGAGAAGAUAUGUUUGAGAGGGAGACUUCUUUGAGCACUUCCACACAAGUGGAACCAGACAGAAGAAGCAAUUGGAAGGAGAUCUCUGUGAUCCAGCACACCAGCUCAUUCGAGAAGCAGGAAAGUAUGUCUGUGGAAAGCCAAGAGAAAGAUGAGAAACUAAUUAGCGUGCCACUGCCUUCUGUGGAACACCAAUUACCGCUGCCACUGAAAACUCAGCAGCAGCCACCGCCGAAACCACACCCAGUAUCCCGCUUGGUUCGCCAGCAUAACAUUCAAGUGCCAGAGAUCCUUGUAACCGAAGAGCCAGAUGCAGACAUGGUGCCGGUCCCAACCACAGCUAUAACAUCAUUGGUUAAGGAACCAGAGAAGGUGGAGGAAUUCCAGUGGCCUCAGAGAAGUCAGACUUUAGCCCAGCUUCCAGCUGAGAAGCUGCCACCAAAGAAGAAACGCCUUCGACUAGCUGAGGCAACCCAGUCCUCUGGGGAGUCGAGCUUUGAGUCAGUUUCACUGCCUCGUAGUCCCAGUCAGGAAAGCAGCAUAUCCCAUGCCUCUAGCCGGUCUGCUUCCUUUGAGGAUUCAGGAAAACCUGACUCUGAGGUGGCUCCAGCUGGUGCUUCUAGAGGCUCCCAGGGUUCCCACAUGUUGACUGUUCCUUCUGCCCCACACCAGCAUCACCAUCCUCAUCGGGAGAUGAGGCGCUCAGCUUCAGAGCAGGCCCCUGCAAGCACCCAACACCCUGCCCAGAUCGUUGAAACCCGGAGCAAGUCCUUUGACUAUGGUUGCCUCUCCCCACAAUGCUCCUCCACAACCUGGAGGGAGAGACGGAAGUGCCUCCUGGUGAAACAUGCCACGCUGGGGGAGCCGGAUCAGGAAGAUCAGCCUGCUGGUCCAUCUGCCAAACCUGGAACUCCUCUGGUCUGCCUGUCCUACACUACUCAUCCUGCUCCAUCUUCAGGUUCAGAGUCCAGCAUGGCACACUCCUCCUCCAGGCAUAGCCCAGAUUCUUUAAGAAAGUCUGUACAGCUUCUUCAACCCUCACUGCCUUCUCUCUCCCAGUCAGUUUAUCCCCAACAUACACAAACUCCAGAGACAUUCCCCCAAGGACAGCUAGCUCAGCUCUUACCUGCCACAACAGGCAUGACUGAUGUCCCAUCUGCUCAGAUCAUCCCUCGAGCUUAUUUGCAGACUGCUCCACCCCCACUCCACGCAGCUCAGCUCCGCAUUGCAGAUCACCUGGGUCUUCCUCUUCAGCCCUUCUCAUCACUCCUUCCCUUGCAGUAUCCAACUGGUGCUGCCCAGGCCCUCUACCUCCCCAUGCCAAGUGGACUAACCCUUCAGGUUCCCAAAGAACCCUUUCGGGAAUCCAAAGAAUCUUCAUCCUCCUCGCAGACACCCAUCCCCUAUCAUCACCAACCACACCAUCCUCGCCCGAUCAUCGCACCCUGUCUAGAGCAGCUGGCACCAGUGGUGUCACUUGUGGUGCCAGUACGUCUCCAGACCCACAUUCCCACCUAUGCCAGUGCAAUGUACACCACCCUCUCUCAGAUCCUCCUAACCACCCAAUCCCAUGAGCCCGUCUGCUGCUCCACUAUGGUUCUCACGAGCAAGCUAGAGGAGCGUACACUGCAGAGCCCAUACUUAACGAUCCCCACUUCAAAGAGUUACCUGCCUUUGGAAUUGGAGCUCAGGAUGGGUUCAGAAGAGGGAUAUGGAUCAACAAGUGUGGGUGGGAGCAAGCGCAUGCUUUCCCCAGCUGGAAGCCUGGAGCUCAGUACUGAGGCACAGAGGCAACAGAAGCGUGUGAAGGAAGAAGAGGAAGAGGAGAAGGAAGACAGUGAAGGCAUCAGAAGAGGAGGUGAUGGUGAAAAGGCUAAAGACAAGGUGGCUAUUGAAGCUGCUCUGGUGCAUGAAAGCAAAGAGAAGGUGGUGGAAGCAAAGGAAGAGGAGCCAAAAGAAGACAAGGGCGAGGCAGCACCAGAAGAGGCAGCGCCCUCCAAGGAGGAAGAAGAGGAGGAGAGCAUAAGAAUCCGGGUCUUGGGUCCAGAAAGUCACAAGGGGCCAUCGUACCAUAGCCUUCAUACCACCACCUCGGUCAGCUGGUGCUACCUGAACUAUGUGAAACCCAACCCAUCCCCCCAGAGGGACCCCCAGGCUUCUGUGUACUCCUCCUGGUGUGUCAGCAUGCACAACCCCAACCUGCCUGGCCUUUCCACCAAGGUGGCACUUGCGCUGCUGCGCUCGAAGCAGAAGCACAGCCUGGAGACCUACACCACAGCCAUGGCGCCAGAACCCACUGCUGGCAAGCUGGUUCCAGCUAAUGCCAGGAAGCCACGUAUGACUGAAGUACGAGACACACCUCCCCACACCCCCUUUGAAGUGAAGGAGACACCUCCACCUGAGAAGGAGGAGGAGAAGAAAGGGAAGCGGGAGGAGGAAGCGCCCUCCACAUCCAAACGCUGUGAACCAUCGCGUAUCCGGAUCUUCGAGGGCGGAUACAAGUCCAACGAGGAGUACGUGUACGUGCGUGGGCGCGGCCGCGGCAAGUACGUGUGUGAGGAGUGCGGUAUUCGCUGCAAGAAGCCCAGCAUGCUGAGGAAGCACAUCCGCACGCACACCGACCUGCGGCCCUAUGUCUGUAGGCACUGCAACUUCGCCUUCAAGACCAAAGGGAACCUCACCAAACACAUGAAGUCCAAGGCCCAUGGCAAGAAGUGCCAGGAGAUGGGGGUCUCCGGGUCCUCCUUGGACGAGCUGGAGGCCGAGGAAGGAGUUGGGGGCAGCGAGGAACAGGCUGGAGGCUCAGAGGACCAAGAGGAGCAUCAGUUCUCUGAUGUGGAAGACUCCGAGGAUGACGACGACAAUGAGGAAGAGGAGGAGGAAGAAGAGUCCUCUUCACAUGAUGAGCCUCCUUCAUCCUGCUCUCCAGACACACGGCUUUCCAGCAGCGGUCGCUCAGACAGUGGGCAGCCGCCCCAGAGGGAUACCCCUGAGGAGAGGGAGGCGGGCUUGACACAGCAGGACUACCCGUCACCAAGGAGGCCCUGGCCUAGUGGGAGGGCUGCCUCCCCUGGCAGCAAGAGGGCGCUGUUCUCGCGGUGCCGCUGGGAAGCCUCUCCCAGGGCCUUCUCCCCUAGCGGUGAGGGCUCCCCCCUCUGCCGCCUGUCACCGGGGCCCCGGGAGUCGUCCCCCCUACGGUGCCUCUCCCCCAGGCUGGACCUGUCCUCCCCUGGCCGCCACCUGUCCCCAUCCCCUGAGCGGGGACUGUCCCCGAUUCGGCCACUGUCGCCCCUUGGCUCGCUGUCCCCGGGCCGCUACGUGGGGCCACGGGGCCUGGCCUCACCCGCUCCCACUGCGGCCUGCCACAGAGCCCAGAGCUCCACUGGCCGGUAUGCCAGGGACGCGGAGGGCAGCACAGAAGCCAGCGAGGGCUGGCAGGAGCAGAUUAGCUACCCUCGUGAAAGGCUGAUCCCUACGGAUGCCAGCCCACCUUCCCCCGCUCUGCGGCUCAUGCCGGGUGAGUUCCUGGGCCACACGCCGCCCCGGACUGUAGACCGCACCUUCAGCCACCUGCCGCUGCACUCGCAGCAGCUGACGCGGAUGCCCUGCCUCAUGAUCCCCAUCGGGGGCAUUCAGAUGGUGCAGCCCCGGCCCAGUGCCCACCCCAGACUGCUCCGGUGCCCCAGUGGUGCCUCGCCCCCUUCACCCUGGAAGAGGGGCCCGAGCCAGUCCCCUGGCGAGGCCGAGGGGGCGCGGGCUGGGAUUCUGGGGGACCGUGGGGCGCAAAGCAAGGAAGCUGGAACUAGCCAAUCAGGGUUUUGCACAAGCAAAGGCCACGCCCCCCCAAAAGAACACGUUCCUGAGACGGGCGGGGAGGAGCCCAAAGACACGGGCACGAAGCAAUAUGGCAGCUUAUGCACUCAGUCGCAGACUAGCACUUUGGCCACUGAGGCAGCAGACGCACAGACUGAGGAAAGCGGCUCUGAGCCAGGACGGCCCUCGCAUCCCUCUCCUAGCCUGCAGGCUCCUCCCACUCAUAGGACUAGCCCGCCCCCUGAGAGCAAUUGCCCAACUGAGGUGCUGCAUGGGGGGCGUGUCCCAGAGCCAGCCCGGGGAGGGGCCGGCGGAUCAGGAGUCGAGGCCAGGGUGUGCCAGAGCAAAAACAACACAACAGGAAGCACUUAAAACUCCGCCCUGAUUCUGUGUACAGGAUCAUUGCAGAUAUUCGUUGUUAAUAUUUUUUGUUGUUGUUGUUUUUUAUGGUUUCAUUUUUAUACAAUUUAUGACACUGUUGUUUACCUACUUUGUUUUUGUCCUUCUGCAAUAUUUAGGAUUGUAAUAAGAUGCACCUUUAUUGCCAAUACAAUUUCUAUCUAUCUCUGUUUCUUUAUUUAUCUUCCUAUCUUAAUAUCUGUUACGAUAUAUAUGAUCUAUAUGAUGAAUAUACAUAUAUUUGUAAAUGACCAAAACCAAUACAGAACAUGACAAUAAUUCCA